AUGUUAAAAAAUGUUAGUUGUUCUGAUAUUACCCCAUAUGAAAAAGAUCAGUUAAAAUUCGAGUUUUGGUCUCAGUCCAUUACUCCGAAUAGUGAUAGAAGUUCUUUGUCUACAUUAUACGAUCUUGGAUUUGUUACUUCAGCUCUCUUAUACUUCUCUUUGAAUGCUUUUUGGAAUUCUUUUCACAAUUCUUUGGAAAUUAAUAAAUGCAGUAUAGAUAGGCGUCGACAGGUAUUAUCUAUAAUUGCUAAUGAUUUCAACUAUGAAGUUAUUAAAAAAAACUUAGACGUUUCAAAUGAUUUAAUUUGUGCUGUACGAAAGUAUACACGCAUUUAUAGGCCUAGAGGAUUAGUUACUAACAAACCUGUAAUUAGAUAUGAAAAAAUGUUGUUAGAAAAAAAUGCACAAUUACAAUCUUUUUUAAUAGACAAAGCUAAUGUCAUAAUGAGCUCAUAUAAAACUGACCUUAUUACAAAUGAACUAGAUAUUGAGAAUGCGAUCAAAGGAAUUAAAGGGACUUCUGUUGCAAAUCUGAAUCCUAUUUGGGACAGAGGUAGUGCAGAAUUAGAUAAAUUUUGCAAAAAAGACAUUAAUAAGCCCACACCACAAGUAUCAACACAUACUACACCUUCAUCAGAAUGGGAAAUGCUAAUGCCGAAUUCAUCACGAAAGCGAAUAUCACCUGAAAUUAGAGCUCUAUUAGAAGGGUAUUUCUUAGCAGGAAAUAUAAAUAAAAGCAAUAGGUAUACGGCACAAGAUAUGCAUGAUAAACUUGUUCAACAUGCACAAAAAGGUGAAAUUAAAGUAGAAGAAGUAUCUAAAGUUGCUAUGAUUCAAAAUUAG